AGAGACUCCAUUCCAGCAAGGCUCUAACGGAAGAGAUCUCCUUGGAUCAUUGUCUUGCCUCUUCUCCCAGCUCUGAAAAGCAGCCACAAGCUCUGAGAUGGCAUUCGCCGGGAUCCUGAGUGAUGCGGAUAUUGCAGCUGGUUUACAAAGCUGCCAAGCUACCGAUUCCUUUAGCUGCAAGACAUUCUUUGCCAAAUCAGGUUUGCACUCCAAAUCCAAGGAUCAGCUAACAAAAGUGUUUGGAGUCAUUGAUCGGGACAAGAGUGGAUACAUUGAGGAAGAUGAACUGAAGAAGUUCCUGCAGAAUUUUGAUGGCAAAGCCAGAGACCUGACUGACAAGGAGACUGCAGAAUUUCUGAAAGCAGGUGACACUGAUGGAGAUGGCAAAAUUGGUGUGGAAGAGUUUGUAGUCCUGGUUACAAAGGGUUAAAGUGAUUCAAGAGGAAGACCAAGCAAAUUGUAUUGUACAACAUCCUUUCUUAUUGCAAGUCAACUAUUUAUUUAUACAUUUUAUACAGUGAAAUGGCAUUGACAGUUGCCAGCAUCUUGUUUCUUAUUGUUCAGGAACUGUGUUAACUCACAAUGCACUGUUUGAUCUUUA